AUGAGAGUAACGUGGAAUGAUAAAACUCCCUCUCAAGCUGAGUUUCAACGCAUGCAUGUUGACAUUGAGACAGCAAGACCACCAGAGUCUUGGACUUUAAGAGACUGUGUUGGUCACUUGGUCAUGUACAUGCAACACACUUCAUAUGUGCUUUCAUGCUUUGAGAUCACUAGCCCCUAUUAUAGCAGUGGUCUGCCACUUGAUCAAAUGCAUUAUUUAAAUUCUUCACAGUCAAUUAUGACAUGUCCUGGUGGAUGUAGAAAGCUUGUGAUCCAUAUUGCCCUACCCUCCUUUCCCAAAUUAGUCACCCCUAUCACAUUCUCUUCCACAAGAAAGUCCCCUCUUUCGCGUGUAGGAUUAGAAUUUGUCGUGAACUGGGAAGGCAUAAUUUCUGGGAUUCCUUCACAAACACCAGUGGAUGAGAACCAAAGUGGAGAGUGUGGCCCUCUCCAAGGGGCCUUCCCCAUCUUCCACCCCACUAGCCAACUAUGA